GUGAAAUUAUGAAUGAUGCAAUUACUUAAGAAGGAAAUGAUUUAAUAAUAAGUACAAUGAAUUGUGUUGAAAGGAUGAAAUUACCUCUUAUAUAAUUUAAAUUAGGUGAAAUUUAUGAAGGAGAGUGGAAAAAUGGAAUGAGAGAUGGAUAUGGUAAACAAAAUUGGGCAGAUGGUUCAACGUAUGAAGGAGAAUGGGUAGAAAAUAAAUCUUCAGGAAGAGUAAAAUUAAACUAUUAUUUUGAGGGUAAAAUAAUUUAUUCAGAUGGUGAUGUAUAUGAUGGGGAAUGGAAAAAUGGUAAAGCAAAUGGUAAAGGAAUAUAUAUUCGUGUUAAUGGAGCAAAAUAUGAAGGAGAAGUCAAUAUUAUAUUUUAUUUCUAGUGGGAAAACGAUAAAUAGCAUGGUAAAGGUGUAGAAAACUGGCCAGAUGGAUAGAAAUAUAGAGGUUAAUAUUUCGAAGGUAAGAAACAUGGAAAAGGUAUAUUAAACUUUGCUGAUGGUUCUAGAUAUGAUGGUACAUACUUAUUAUUCUAAUUUUUUAGGGGAAUUCUUCUAAAAUGAUCUGCAUGGAGAGAUAAAGUAUAGAUCUAUCAAUUAAUAUACAUAAUGAUAAUAUUAUUUAUUAUUCAAUUAAAACGAACAUC